CCUGCACAUGCUUACAGCAGCAGUUCAGAAACUCUUCUGAGAACUGCAGCUGCACUGGGAUCUACUGGGUUUUUUUGGGACAGAUUUCUUUACAUGCGUGCUUUUUGAAGAGGUUUAGUUGAACCACCAUGGGAAUGAGACUGGGAGUCUUGUGCUGCAGCCCCCACCUGCACAGGAGUUUGGGAUGACUGUCAACACAGGCUGCUCUCUGCUGAUUGCGAGAUAUACAUAAGGAGUGGCUGUCUGGGGUUGUUCUCAACAUUUGGAGCGUCAAAGGUAGAGAACCUACUGGAGGGAAGCUGAUGUGGGAUUGCUAGUCUCUUACAGCAACAAUGGACCUAACUUUGUGGCAGUACCAGUUCAGGAUCAUCAUGCUGGGGGACUCCACAGUGGGCAAGUCCUCCUUACUGAAGCGCUACACUGAAGACAUGUUCCUGGAGUCCAUCAACCAGACGGUGGGUGUAGACUUCUAUGUUCACUUCCUGGAGGUGGAGCCGGGAGUCCGUGUCAAGCUGCAGUUCUGGGACACAGCCGGACAGGAAAGGUUCAGGUCGGUGACCCGUUCUUAUUACCGCAACUCAGUGGGAGGCAUGCUGGUCUUUGACAUGACCAACCAAGCCUCCUUUGACCAUAUUACAGAGUGGCACGCUGAGGUGUGCGAGCGAGUGCAGCCGCACAAGGUUCUGUUUGUCCUGGUGGGACAGAAGAGUGACCAAGAUGCUCAGGGGGAGAGGGUGGUGAGUCGAGAGGAGGCCGAGAAACUGGCCGGGCAGCUAGGGGUGCCAUACGUGGAGGCCUCCGCCAAGUCGGGUCACAACGUGAAGGACGCCUUUGAGCUGCUCACUCGACGCGUCUACCAGGGUCUGCUGAGUGGAGAGGUGGAGCUGCAAGAGGGAUGGGAUGGAGUCAAGUGCGCCGCCCCACAGGCGCUGCAGUUACAGAGAGCCAACCUGACACAGUCCGGCACGGCCUCCAAGAACAAGAAGAAGUGUUGUGCUUAAACUGUGGACUGGUGGUGGUCACCCGUACGCACUCGUGUUACCGUAGAACCAAAAGCAGACACCAGGAAGUGGGAUCUGUGCUGCACGGUUACUGUAACAGCGUGACCGACUGAUUUGAAAUGUUUCUUUGCACCUUAGUUGGGAAGAUAAAACGUUAACCAUCUAGUGAUGUCAGAGAACAGUGUGUGACUUUCUAUGUACAAUACUUUGGGCUUAAGUUUGAACUUUAUAAAUAAAAGGUGUGUAACUGAUACUCGCAGCCAUGGAAAUGUUGGUCAGUCGCUGUCCAGACUGUUUAAUUACAAAAUCCAUAGUUUUCUUUUCUAUUUAUAGGACUUUUAAAACUCGACAGAGGUCCGUGCUCUCUUUCGGGAGAGUCUCGGCCAACAGCUGAUCAGACUAACAUGGACUGAUGAGGUCAUUGCUUACCUCAGUUCAGGGAGGGCAGGAGUUGUAACGAUGACAUAUUGAGCCACCUUCGGUGCGAGAUGAGACUCCGUCACCAUUACAAUCAAUCUACAAGUAAGGCAGACGAUCUCGUCUUCUCUCGUAUUGAUUCGUUCGCCUCAUGAUCUGCACAGUGGGGGGAGUGUUUGCCAUCGUUGGUGUCCUGAUGCCCCAAGAAGAUUAAGAAAGAAUUUGUACUUUUGUUACUAUUAGUUGUUUUUGCUUACGAGAUAUACUUGACAUGUCGUCCUUUGAGGGGGUGCAGAUCACAAAGGUUGACGACUGUAUGACGACAUUCUGCUUUUUCUUAAAUUGAACCCAUUUCCACACAUUAAUCUGUGAUUCUUGUCCAUGUUGUUUGUUCUGUCGAUAAUUGCCCCGGUGCCCCGGUUGAGAUUAGAAAUGUCCCUCUAUGACUUUAUGAAUUGUGAAAUAAUGCUUUGGGCCUCAGUUAUGGUCUGGAAAAGGCUUUGUUGCAUCACUAAUAAUUGCAAAGCGUGUUGAAAGUGAGCGAUUGUUUUUGAGGUGAUGUUGAAAUUAAUUAAAUGAAACGACUCUA